GUCAUCACACGCUCAGUGUUUUUGCUCGGUCUCUUUGAAACGGCGCAGAGAUUCUGUUUUUAUACCUUCAGUUUUCCUCUAACUUUGGACUUUUGCGCUUCAUCUGAUGUCCGGGUGUUUGUUCUCGCGUUUGCGGAGCGGCGCGAUGCGCGAGUGAUGCGGAAUGCGCUGUUUUCAGUCAGUUUCUGAGGCAUUUUAUUGCGCAUGUUCAUGAACCGCCCGAAUGAACGCGGAUCAAUAAAACACUGCGAUCUGUUCAAACGUCUGAUUAAAUCACUCUCAUCUGAUCAGACAUCAACAUUAUAACAUCGAGACACGAGAGCACUUAGGCUUUCGACGCGGAAGCGCGGGCCUGUAGUCCAGUAAACUCAGCCUGAUCAGUCUGAUCGAUACCUGAUCGAUCCCUGAUGCUGGGGACAACAGACAUCCUCCUGAACCUGGAGGAGAUGCGCCCACACUGAUUAGCACAAAAUUAUGCCAGAUACAUGCACUUCUAUCUUCAUAUGCGAGAUCCUGAUCAGUCUGAUUGAUACUUGGUCAAUAAUUGAUCAAUAACAGAUGCUGAGGACCUCAAACAUCCACAUGGACCUAGAGAAGAUUUACCAACACUGAUCAGCACAAAAUUACUGGAGAUACACACAUCGUUCUGUGCAUCUCUUGAGAUCCUGAUCAAUAACUGAUCAAUAACUGAUGCUGAGGACCAAAAACACCCGCCUGACUUUGGGGGAGACGCACACAUUCUGAUCAGCACAGAAUUCUAUCAGGUACACACCCCUCUCUUUGCAUAUGUGACGUCCUGAUCAGUCUGAUCGACAUCUGAUCAAUAACAGAUGCUGAAGAGUGAUUGACGGAUCUUUAUCAUCUUUCUCGCCUUUGUCCAUCAGUGUGUCUCUGGGCUGGUCUGGACACACACCCGUGAGGAUGCCAUGUUUACACUAGACAGGUGUGCUCUUCCUCUGGCUGGAUGUUCUGAGCAGGUGUGUCCGAUCAGGUGGAUGUGAGACACACACACACAUACAGUCAUGCAGGCUGCGCCCUUCCAGUACGAUUUCUACAGUGAGGAGAACGCACCCAAAUGGAGGGGAUUACUGGUGCCAUCACUCAACAAGGUGUUGAAUCAGGUGCACCCGAAGCUGUCGUCCCAGCAGGAGGCGCUGCAGUACAUCGAGGGUUUGAUUCUGGUGCUGCUCAACACGCUCUGUCAGGCGCAGCCGCGCACCGUACAGGACGUGGAGGAGCGUGUGCAGAGGAGUUUCCCUCACCCUAUAGAGAAAUGGGCGAUCGCGGAUGCCCAGGCUGCUAUAGAGAAGAGGAAGAGGAGGAACCCUUUAGCCCUGCCGGUGGAUAAGAUUCAUCCGCUUCUAAAGGAGGUUCUGGGAUAUAAGAUCGAUCAUCAGGUGUCUGUGUACAUCGUAGCAGUGCUUGAAUAUAUCUCAGCAGACAUACUGAAGCUGGCGGGAAAUUACGUACGCAACAUUCGCCAUUAUGAGAUCUCACAACAGGACAUCACUGUGGCCAUGUGUGCUGAUAAGGUGUUGAUGGACAUGUUCCAUCAAGUUGAGGAGGACAUCAGUGUGUUUCCUCUGAUGGAUGAGGAACCAUCAGCGUCCGAAGAACAGAUGUAUUAUGACCUGGUGAAAGCGUUCAUGGCCGAGGUACGACAGUAUCUGCGAGAUCUCAACCUCAUCAUCAAAGUGUUCCGCGAGCCGUUCGCUUCAAACACCAUGCUCUUCUCCCCUCACGACGUGGAGAAUAUUUUCAGUCGUAUUGUGGACAUUCACGAAGUGACGGUGAAGCUGUUGGGCUUGAUUGAAGAUACGGUGGAGAUGACUGAUGAAGGGAGUCCUCAUCCGCUGGUGGGCAGCUGUUUUGAAGAUCUCGCUGAGGAGCUGGCCUUUGACCCCUACGAGACGUAUGCACAGGACAUCCUACGCAGCGGCUUCCAUGACCACUUCCUGAGUCAGCUCUCCAAACCCGGAGCGGCCAUUUACCUGCAGUCAAUCUGUGAAGGUUUCAAAGAGGCGGUGCAGUAUGUGUUACCACGGUUACUGCUGACACCUGUGUACCACUGUCUUCAUUACUUUGAGAUUUUAAAGCAACUGGAGGAGAAGAGUGAAGAUGAGGAGGAUAAAGAGUGUUUGAAACAGGCCAUCACAGCACUGCUGAACCUACAGAGCAGCAUGGAGAGAAUCUGCUCCAAGAGUCUGGCCAAGAGACGACUCAGCGAGUCGGCGUGCCGCUUCUACAGUCAGCAGAUGAAGGGGAAACAUCUGGCCAUCAAGAAGAUGAAUGAGAUUCAGAGGAACAUUGAUGGUUGGGAGGGGAAAGACAUUGGCCAGUGCUGCAAUGAGUUCAUCAUGGAGGGGACACUCACCAGGGUGGGCGCCAAACACGAGCGCCAUAUCUUCCUGUUCGAUGGCCUGAUGAUCUGCUGCAAGUCCAACCACGGCCAGCCACGUCUACCAGGAGCCAGUGCAGCAGAGUACCGACUCAAGGAGAAGUUCUUCAUGAGGAAGGUCCAGAUAAACGAUAAGGAUGAUAAAGAGGGUGAGUAUCGUCAUGCGUUUGAAAUCAUUCUGAAAGAUGGGAACAGUGUGGUGUUUGCAGCGAAAUCAGCAGAAGAGAAAAACGGCUGGAUGGCGGCGCUGAUCUCAUUGCAGUAUCGCUCCACGCUGGAGCGCAUGCUCGACACGGCCAUGCUUCAGGAGGAGAAGGAAGAGCAGAUGAGGCUUCCAGGAGCAGAAGUAUAUCGCUUCGCUGAGCCCGACUCGGAAGAGAAUGUCGUAUUUGAGGAGAAUGUUCAGUCCAAGUCUGGUAUUCCCAUCAUCAAAGCUGGAACUGUGCUGAAACUCAUCGAGAGACUGACCUUCCACAUGUAUGCCGAUCCCAAUUUCGUCCGGACGUUUCUGACGACGUACCGAUCAUUCUGUAAACCUCAAGAGCUGCUGGAUCUGCUCAUGGAGAGGUUUGAAAUUCCAGAACCGAAGCCCACAGAAGCAGAUCAGAUGGCUCUGGAGAACGGUGAUCAGCCACUGAGUGCAGAACUCAAACGAUUCCGCAAAGAGUUUGUGCAACCUGUACAGCUCAGGGUGUUGAAUGUGUGCAGGCACUGGGUCGAGCAUCAUUUCUAUGAUUUUGAGAGAGAUGCGCAGUUGCUACGGCGACUAGAAGAGUUUAUCGGGAUGGUCAGAGGUAAGGCCAUGAGGAAGUGGGUGGAGUCCAUCACUAAAAUCAUCCAGAGGAAGAAACAGGCUCAAGCGAAUGGCCUGAGUCACAACAUCACGUUCGAGAGCUCGCCGCCGCCCAUCGAGUGGCACCUCUGUAAAGCCGGGCAGACCGAUCAGUUUGACCUUAUGACCCUUCACCCCAUAGAGAUCGCCCGACAGCUCACACUCCUUGAGUCGGAAUUCUACAGGGCGGUUCAGCCAUCAGAGUUGGUCGGCAGCGUUUGGACUAAAGAAGACAAAGAAAUCAACUCGCCGAACCUGCUGCGGAUGAUCCGUCACACGACUAACCUCACACUGUGGUUUGAGAAGUGCAUCGUAGAAACGGAGAAUGUGGAAGAGCGCGUGGCCGUGGUGUCGCGUAUCAUAGAAAUUCUCCAGGUGUUUCAGGAGCUGAAUAACUUUAAUGGCGUUCUGGAGGUGGUGAGCGCCAUGAACUCCUCUCCUGUGUACAGACUCGAUCACACGUUUGAGCAAAUCCCGAGCAGACAGAGGAAGACUCUCGAGGAAGCUCAUGAACUAAGUGAAGAUCAUUAUAAGAAGUAUUUGGUCAAACUCCGAUCCAUCAACCCGCCCUGUGUGCCGUUCUUCGGCAUUUAUUUAACAAAUAUUCUGAAAACGGAGGAGGGGAAUCCGGACUUCUUAAAGAGACACGGCAAAGAGCUCAUCAACUUCAGUAAACGACGGAAAGUGGCGGAAAUCACGGGUGAAAUCCAGCAGUAUCAGAACCAGCCGUACUGCUUACGUGUGGAGAGCGACAUACGGAAAUACUUUGAGAAUUUGAAUCCAAUGGAUGACAUGACAGAGAAAGAGUUUGCCGACUACCUGUUUAACAAAUCUCUGGAGAUUGAGCCGCGUAACGCUCGUACGCUGCCGCGAUUUCCGAAGAAAUACAACUGUCCUCUGAAGUCACCCGGUGUUCGUCCAUCCACCGUGCGCCAGGGUACGAUGCGCCACCCAACGCCACUGCAGAAUGAGCCACGUAAGAUCAGUUACAGCCGGAUCCCAGACAGUGAGACAGAGAGCAGUGCUGCAUCUGCGCCGAACUCCCCCCGCACACCGCUCACACCACCUCCUGCGUCUGCCGCAUCCAGCUCCACUGAGAUCUGCAGCGUGUUCGACUCACCACAGGGACCAUCAAGCCCCUUUCACUCCAACAGCGACACAAUAUUUGCCCCGGUCACGCUACCACAUGGCCCACGAUCAUCUUCCGUGUCGUCUAUGGUGGGAUUCCUGCGGUGUGAUGAUACUCCUGUACCUCCACCCGUCCCUCCUCGCCGCCGCCCAGAGUCUGCCCCCGCUGAGUCAUCGCCCUCAAAGAUGAUGUCAAAGCAUUUGGACAGUCCGCCUGCGAUUCCUCCACGCCAACCCACCACGAAGGUUUACUCGCCACGUUACUCGCUCACAGAGCCACCCGACAGCCCCCCCACCCUGCCUCCACGGGAACCGGUGAGAACGCCGGAUGUCUUCUUGAGCUCCCCCCUUCACCUGCAGCCGCCCCCGCAGGGCCGACGCUCCGAACUGAGUCAGACCUUCUUCCCCCCCUCACCCUUCAGUCCACUCCCCCCACAAACCCCGUCACCGCUGGGACCGCGCAGACACCUGCCCUCCCCCCCGCUGCAGCCCCUGGACUGUGACCCGCCACAGGGGGUCGCCGGACCGCCUGUACCACCACGACAGAGCACGUCCCAGUCGCCCAUCCCCAAACUCCCACCCAAGACCUACAAAAGGGAGUCGGCUCACCCGUUCGUGCAUCGCGACGGCCCGCCCCUCCUGGAGAACGCAAACCCUUCAUAGAGGACGACACACAACGGACUGCAGCAGAACAAUGCAGAACGCUCAAAGAUAAUUUAAAAGCCAGUGUUGGAACUUACCAGACAAAAACGAAACAAAACAAACUUAUAGCGUCAUUCCCAGACGAUUGUGUUUUCAUAAAGUGCAAAUCACGAUGAGAUUUCCUGACCCUGUUCGGGGAAUUCUGUGUAUUUUUUAUUUUUUUUGUCUUUCGUGUGGCUGUUGUUUGUUUUGUCUUCGUUUCGUGUUUGUUUCAGUUCAUUUCAAUGGUUUUGUUUCUGUUUGGGCUUCUUUUCGUCCAAGUGUUUGGCUGCUUUCCCCCCUGCACACAGCCAAACGCUAGACAAAUGAAUUGAGAAACAAACACAGAAACCUGCUGG